CAGCCAGCCAGCCAGCGGGUUCGCGGCGUCCUUCUCCUACCCGGGGCUCGGAGGAAGCAGCCGCGAUGCCGCUCGCCCAGCUGGGAGCGGAGCCUUGGCCCGACAUGGAACUGGUGGACAUGGAGUUGGACGCCGAGAACGGGCAAGCUGCUCUGGAGGAAAAGAAAGGGGCUCUGUCCAAGGCAAAACAGGAUCCCAUCUGGGUCGAGAGGGAUGUGAGUUCGGUAGCUAAGAAUGAAGGCUCAGUCCAAGAAAUUACCAUCACGUACCUUGUGAAGGAGGGAUCCGAGAAGGCCGAUCCGUCGCAGUUUGAGCUGCUUAAAGUCCUGGGGCAAGGCUCUUUUGGCAAAGUUUUCCUGGUAAGAAAAAUCACCCCACCAGACAGCGGCCACCUCUAUGCCAUGAAGGUCUUGAAGAAAGCCACUCUGAAAGUGCGUGAUCGAGCAAGGACAAAAAUGGAAAGGGACAUCCUAGUGGAAGUAAACCACCCCUUCAUAGUGAAACUCCACUAUGCAUUCCAGACAGAGGGGAAGCUCUACCUCAUUCUCGACUUCCUCCGAGGGGGAGACCUUUUCAUGCGCCUUUCCAAAGAGGUAAUGUUUACUGAAGAAGACGUGAAGUUCUACCUUGCUGAAUUGGCACUGGGUCUCGGACACUUGCAUCGCCUGGGCAUCGUCUACAGAGACCUUAAACCAGAGAACAUCCUCCUAGAUGACGAAGGGCACAUCAAACUCACAGAUUUUGGUUUGAGCAAAGAAGCCAUAGACCGUGAGAAGAAGGCCUAUUCUUUCUGUGGGACAGUGGAGUAUAUGGCGCCAGAAGUGGUGAACCGUCAGGGCCACACUCAGAGUGCUGACUGGUGGUCGUAUGGAGUCUUGAUGUUUGAGAUGCUGACGGGGAGCCUGCCGUUUCAAGGGAAGGACCGCAAGGAAACAAUGACACUCAUUCUCAAAGCAAAGCUGGGCAUGCCCCAGUUUCUGAGUUCUGAAGCACAGAGCGUCCUGCGAGCACUCUUCAAGAGGAACCCAGCCAACAGGUUAGGUUCGGGUCCCGAUGGCGUGGAAGAAAUAAAGCGUCACCCAUUUUAUUCCACCAUUGACUGGAAUAAGCUCUAUCGGCGGGAAAUCAAACCCCCUUUUAAACCUGCAGUGGGCCAGCCAGAUGACACUUUUUAUUUUGACAAAGAGUUUACUUCCCGCACACCUAAAGACUCUCCUGGGAUCCCACCUAGCGCCGGGGCCCAUCUACUUUUCCGUGGGUUCAGUUUUGUAGCCAGUGGGCUGAUGGAGGAUGAGAAGGUCAAAUCCCCACCUAUGCCUCUACAUUCUGUGGUGCAGCAGCUGCACGGCAAGAACCUCCAGUUCAGCGAUGGUUAUGUGGUGAAGGAGGCGAUCGGCGUGGGCUCUUACUCCGUUUGCAAGCGCUGCGUUCACAAGGCUACGAACACAGAAUAUGCUGUGAAGGUCAUUGACAAGAGUAAGCGAGACCCCUCGGAAGAGAUUGAGAUACUCCUACGGUACGGACAGCAUCCAAACAUCAUCACUUUGAAGGAUGUGUAUGAUGACGGGAAGCAUGUCUACCUGGUGACUGAGCUCAUGAGAGGGGGAGAGCUGCUGGACAGGAUCCUCAAGCAGAAGUGCUUCUCGGAAAGGGAGGCCAGCUCUGUCCUGCACACGAUUUGCAAGACCGUGGAGUAUCUGCAUUCCCAAGGGGUAGUCCACAGAGACUUGAAGCCGAGUAACAUCCUCUAUGUAGACGAAUCCGGCAACCCAGAAAGUAUCCGCAUUUGUGACUUCGGGUUUGCCAAACAGCUGAGGGCGGACAAUGGGCUUCUCAUGACUCCUUGCUACACUGCCAACUUUGUCGCUCCAGAGGUUUUGAAACGUCAAGGCUACGAUGAGGCCUGUGAUAUCUGGAGCUUAGGAAUCCUUCUCUACACCAUGUUGGCAGGGUACACUCCUUUUGCAAAUGGGCCCAACGACACUCCAGAAGAGAUCCUCACUCGGAUAGGCGGGGGAAGGUUUUCCCUCAAAGGCGGAAACUGGGACACAGUUUCUGAUGCGGCAAAGGACCUUGUAUCCAGGAUGCUUCAUGUUGACCCUCAUCAACGCCUGACUGCUAAGCAAGUCCUCCAGCACUCGUGGAUAACCCAAAAGGACAGGUUGCCCCAGAGCCAGCUGAGUCACCAGGACGUGCACCUUGUAAAGGGUGCUAUGGCUGCUACAUAUUCCGCAUUGAACAACUCCAAGCCAAGCCCCCAGCUGAAGCCCAUCGAAUCAUCCUUCCUAGCACAGAGGCGAGUGAAGAAGCUCCCGUCUACCACACUGUAACGAGGGGUGCCUCCUACCUGCCCAUACUCAACUCUGCACAAGCUUCUUUGGACUUUCCCAGGGAGCCAGAAAUGUAACCCCUGUGAGAAGUCCUGUUUCAAGGCACUUCCUCAAAUGCACAUCAAGUGGGGUCAUGUGCUUUCAGACAAACUGGCUCUUGCUUUCCUCGUGGAAUUCGUUUUUUAAGUGUACAGUGAAGACUCUUUGUUAAAGGGUUCGUAUAUGUGUAUAUGAGAAUCGCAAGAAGCAACGAUCUGUGUAUUCUCCCACCUGCAAAGGGCCAGAUCUUAGACGAGAGAAUGCCUCUUUACAGCCAAUCUGGUACUGCUGGGGCAACUCCUGUUCCUCCCCACCCCUUACCAUGGUCAGUGCAGCUGAAGCUUUUAAGAUCCCCUUUGUAAAGGCUCUCCUGUCCCCACCCACCGCCAAAUCAUGUAUACCUUUUUGUAAGGACAGGUUUCUUGAACUUUAUCCUUCUCCCGUCUGUGGCUCAUUUCAGAGAGCAUCUUAAACGUCCCUGUUUUGUCAUCUUCCCCUCCAUCCUGCCUGAACAUCACCCUCGUGAACACCCACUGCAGACUCGGGAUCACGUCUCUUCUCCCUUGCCCCCGCAUAUCCUUCAAUCGACUUUUAAAACUUUUUUUUAAGGCAGAUGCUAUGCUGCUUUGAAUACACAAUGGACUUGGAAGAAAACUUAUUUCCCCACAGAGAAAACAUCAGGUUGUCUAGGUGUGUGUGGAGGGGAGGGUUGUCUGCUCGUUUUUAAAGCUCUCUGUCAAAAUAGCACAAAUCCAGAGCCUCAUAAUGCCAAAAAAAAAAAAAAAGACCUGGCUUUUUCUUAAUUUAACUGAUUCUGUGGAUGGUAACUCAGGGUUUCUGACUGAAUUAUCAAAUAAAAACAUACCAUGCAGCUGAA